AUGAAGGUGAAGAUCAAGUGCUGGAACGGCGUGGCCACUUGGCUCUGGGUGGCCAACGACGAGAACUGCGGCAUCUGCCGGAUGGCCUUCAAUGGCUGUUGCCCGGACUGCAAGGUGCCAGGUGACGACUGCCCGCUGGUGUGGGGCCAGUGCUCACACUGCUUCCACAUGCACUGCAUCCUCAAGUGGCUCAACGCACAGCAGGUGCAGCAGCACUGCCCCAUGUGCCGCCAGGAGUGGAAGUUCAAGGAGUGA